CAAAAUGAACAACUGUGGCUUCAUUUACUAUUAUGAUUGGAAAAGUAUAAUUUGAAACGGUUCUUGCUAUUUACUUGAGAUCCAUGUAGCUUAAUAACUGGAGGGACCAUAUCAGCUGAGCUUAACAAUUUAACAAUAUCCUACAGCUAUUACUAAUAUUAUCCCACAGCUUACCGAGAAACCAGAUACAAAAAUGUCACUGUACAAGUACUCAGAGGCAGCCCAGAUAGGCAUCACCGCCGCUUUCUGCUUCCUGGUGAUCGCAGACCUGGUUGGCAACAGCCUGGUCUGUGCGGUCGUUCUUCGUAACAGGGUAAUGCGUACCCCCAUGAACUACCUCCUGGUGAAUUUAGCCGUUGCUGAUAUGACUGUAGCCCUGUUCAUCGCGGCGCGCUACAUCUUUAAGCUGAUAUUUACGCACCCGAAAGGGACAGCCGGCGACGUUGUAUGCCAGCUCAUCACCGGCGAGCCGUUUGUUUGGGUCGGCGCGCUGGCUUCUACUUUCUCCCUCGUCUGCAUCGCACUAGAGCGCUACCUCGCCAUUAAAUUCCCUUACGAUGAACGCAAAAGGAUAACAACUACCAAGCUCAAGCGAAUUGUUGUACUAGACUGGGUGCUAGCUCUUUUAUGGAACAUGCCUCUCUUCAUGUACGCGCGUUAUGAUCCCGUCAGCGAAUUUUGUCUGUUCAAAUGGCCCACUGCUAAUUUCGUUAAAUUCCACAGCCCCCUCGGUGCCAUUGUUUAUGUCGUUCUACCGAUCACAGUCAUGAUUUACCUGUAUUCUAAGCUAGUGUACAAGCUGUGGUUUCGCCCUACAACUACGUCGACCAUGGCACAGCAAAAGAAGUUGCACUUUUGCAAGAAAACCGCCCGGCUCGUGGUCACGGUCAGCGUUAUUUACUCCAUCUGUUGGAUCCCAAAUAUCGUCGUCUACGUCUUCUCUUCGUUCAGCAGGCAGCCGCUUUACUCAGCCGUACACACAACCAGCAUCGUCUUGGUCACUCUCAAUUCUGCUAUAAAUCCUGUGUUAUACAGCUGGCAGAGUGACCGUUUUCGGAAGCACAUACUAGCGCUGUUUCCUUGCACACGCCAGCGUUGCAGAAUCAGCCCCGCCAAACCAGUCACAUGUACAGAUAAAGAUUCAAACAAGACUUCGGGUCUUACAGAGUUGAUUCAGUUCGUGAGUAGAGGUCCCAUGGCCUAAAAAAUUACACAUAAUGACUCUCGAAUUAAGUUUACUUCUCCGGUUGGAGGAAAUUUGCAUUUUCGUAGAAGUCUAUAGCGUAGAAAAGUUUGAAGUUACAGCCAAUACGACUAAAAACGUCCACCUCAGUCGAACUUCUGUAAAAAAAUUUCCUUUUUAUUACGGGGGAUUUUACUUAUCAGACAAUAGUCGGUUGCUUUUGUGUAAAUACUUUCGGUUCUUUCAAAUAAACGAGUUUCUCAGUUUACUUAU